CUUGAAUCUUGGUGAUUCGUAACCUAAAAGCGCGCGAGGUGUUACGUUUUUUUGACGGUAAAGGAUUAUACAGAAAUAAAAAGUUGCUGCAGUUUUAGCGUGAAAGCUAAUUAAAGUUGCAACAAGAAAUUUUUUAGGUAACUUUCGAGAGAGUUUUGAUAAACGUUGAUAAAGACUAAGGUUAGACUGCAAGAAUGUCGGCAGAGGAACAACAGCCGGAAUUUCGAUUAGGACCCAAUCCUAAUGUCAGUUAUCCUAUUCAGGUUCAUUAUUGCGGGAAUUGCUCGCUGCCUAUUGAGUAUUGUGAGUACUAUCCUGAUUAUGAUAAAUGUAAGCAAUGGUUGGAGAGAAACCUUCCUACAGAGUUUGAAAAGAUAAAAUUAGCUACAGAAGAUGGCUCUAUCGAAGCUGGUGGAGGAGAAGAUGAAAAGAAGAGACAGAAACGAGGUGGAAAGGGUAUGCUGAAGACCAAAAAAAAAGAAGAUGUACCAAGAUUAGUCACGGUUUCUAGAGCACCAAGAGGAAAAAAGAAAUCUGUUACAGUUGUGACUGGUCUUAGCACCUUUGAUAUAGACUUAAAAGUAGCAGCAAAAUUUUUUGGCAGUAAAUUUGCUUGUGGAUCCAGUGUUACUGGGGAAGAUGAAAUUGUCAUACAGGGAGAUGUCAAGGAUGAUCUGUUCGAAGUGAUACCUGAAAAAUGGCCACAAAUCGAUGAAGAUUCUAUAGAUGAUCUUGGAGAUCAUAAGAGAUAAGAUUAUUAACAUUAUAUACACACAAUAUUGUAUUAUGCUAUUUCUAUUCGGAAAAGUUGUGUUUAUUAUAAAUAAAAAUGUACAUACUAC